AUGGAUGGGAAAGAUGAACACGUUUUCGACGCUAAGGGUGAAGGGGGUACCGUAGAUAAAUUGCGGGCUAAACAGGAAAAAAAGGAUAUGAAAAAAGCGAAAAAGAAGGCAGCAAAAAAUUCUGCUCGUGGCUCAACGGAAGAUACAUCCGCUGCUGUGUCAACUAAAGAAUUAGAGGUACAAGAAAAAGUGAGAAAGUUGGUGAAUCAACUAGCAAUUCGUGAUGCGAUACAGCCAGUCUCCGGUUCUAGUAGUUCACAGAAGCAAAAGGACAUGAGUUCUCACAAAUUUUGGAGUACUCAACCUGUUCCAAAACAUGGUGAGACGGUUGAAGAUGAUGGUCCAAUAGAGCCCAAUACUCCACAUGAUCAAAUUCGUAAAGAACCAUACGUUUUACCCAAAGAAUUUGAGUGGACAACUUUGGAUUUAAAUAAUGAACCGGAUCUAAACGAGCUCUACACUCUUUUGACAAAUAAUUAUGUCGAAGAUGACGAUGCGAUGUUUCGUUUUGAUUAUUCUGGUGAUUUCCUGAAAUGGGCGCUUCAACCACCAGGUUACUUAAAAAUUUGGCACGUAGGUGUUCGUGUCUCUUCUAACAAGAAACUUGUUGCAUUCGUUAGUGGUAUUCCGGCAGAUAUUCGAAUUUAUGAUUCUCAUCAGCAUCUCGUCGAAAUUAAUUUUUUGUGUGUCCAUAAAAAGCUCCGAAGUAAACGACUAGCACCUGUAUUAAUCAAAGAAAUUACACGACGUUCUCACUUACAAGGAAUAUUUCAAGCGGUAUAUACAGCUGGUGUUGUCCUUCCAAGACCUAUCGCUAAAGCCCG